GCUGUUAUUCUUCAAGCAUAUUUCGUUUCGUUCUUUUACGCGUUUACCUGGCUAGUUUUUCUUAUUUUCAGUAAUUUCGUGUACAUUUUAUGUACGAUUAGAAAUAUAAUAACAACAGAAUGGUUAUCACAGCAAGCAAACAACAAUGCGAAAAGUGAAAGUAUACACAAUGCAAUGACUCACCAGAAUUCGUGUCGCGUGCCCGUUGUUAAAUUUAUUUGCUAUAGCGCCUUCACGUUUUGUGCCCGCGAUCACUGACCGACUGCGAAAGAUUUAUUACACAACAAACAAUAAAUAAAACUGUAUCAAAAAUAAGUCAAUACGAUCUAAAAAUAAACCAUAAACAGUUUGCGAUUGUUCAAAUCGGAAAGAAAGAAAGCAACACUUGGCGUUCAAGUUUGCUGCAUUGACCCUCGAGUGACAUUUAAGGAAGCGUAAAUAGAAGAAAUAAAUUGAAUAGCCGGCAAACUAACUUGAGUGUGAAAAAAAAUUGUUUAUAAUGUUACCCGGGCGACAAAUUCCUCAGCCAAUUGCACAGGAGAAUCCAUUAUGGGUAUCCUGGCACGAUACUCAAAUGAUGGCGUCACUUAGUCCAGCUACUGUUAUGGAUUACUUUUGCCGGAAAUCUAAUCCCUUUUACGAUCGAGUUUGCAAUAACGAAACGAUUCGUAUGCAGCGUUUGAGUCUGGAACACCUAAACAAUAUGGUUGGCAUCGAGUAUAUCCUUCUUCAUGUGGCGGAACCUAUAUUGUAUGUUAUUAGAAAGCAACAUCGUCAUAGUCCAACAGAGGCGACACCGAUGGCGGAUUACUAUAUCAUUGGUGGUAUGGUGUAUAAGGCACCCGAUCUAUCAAGCGUCAUAAAUUCAAGAAUUCUUGCUACCGUUACAAAUUUGCAAUCAGCUUUCGAAGAAGCCAGUAGCUAUUCCCGAUAUCAUCCAAACAAAGGGUAUACGUGGGAUUUUGUUUCAAACAAAGCACUUUCAGAUAAAUCGAAGGCUAAUAAAAAAGAUGCAUCAUCCAGUAAAGAUGACAGUGGCACAAUAUUUCAAAAACAACGAGUUGAUAUGCUGCUAGCUGAGUUAUUGCGAAAAUUUCCACCUCCAAUACCGCCAAUUAUACAUCAACAACAAAUGCAAAAUCAACAACAGUUGCAGCAAUCGCAAUUACAAAAUACUGCUCAAGAAGGCACGGCAAGUGAUACAAGCAACACCAUUGGCAAUGCAACAACUUCGAAUAACGGUAUCGUGCCUUCAGAGACAAGUCCAUCGCCUAGUGUGACACAGGCCGGCAUUGAACCAAAGGUGGAGGGAGUCGAUAUGAAACCUCCUCCAGAAAAAAAAGUAAAAAUAUGAAGUAACUUAAUUCAUUAAUUUAGUCUGGAACUAAUACUUUUAUAAUCAAUAAAUUAUUUUUUGAUCACCUGA